AUGCUGGCGGGCGAAGGUAUCCUUAACCCAGACACGCUCGAGCAAAUCAAUUUCGGCAAUCAAGGCUAUAUCUAUAAAUGCGGCGGCAGCUUCGCAUACAAGCAGCAUGGGCGAGACGAAGAAUUCAGGCUCAUGGUUGACGCGGGGGAGUCGUCUAUCACACCUUAUUCCCGCUUACGACACAUACAAGACUUUGUCGCCGUCGACGGCAUCAUCAUGGAGCUAGGUUCGCCUUUGGAAGUAAGGCGCAUAACUUCGCCGUCCGAACGGAGAAGGGUCAAAGACGACAUGGUCUCUCUCGUCACUCGAUUACAUGCGAAAGGGAUCGCCCAUGGUGAUGUCGGACCGUCCAACUUCCUCUGCGCUCAAGACGGUACCCUCCGCCUGUGCGACUUCGACACAGCUUUCUACCUCGACGGCCGUCCACAGGAGUGGGAGGGCGGCUGCAGCCCGCAAUACAUCUCGCCCAACAGGGGCUAUCCGGAUUGGAAGCUCCCUUCGAUUGAAGAUGACAUGUACGCCCUUGGUGUGAGCGUGUGGGAACUGUACACUGGACGAACGGCGAUGGAGAAAGAGUAUGAUGAUCUGGAGGAUCUGAUACCGAGAGGAUACGCGGUCGACGUCAACGCGGUGGAAGAUUUGGAGGUCAGGUCUUGGGCCAAGGAGCUCUUGGUUGCUGGAGGCGCUCGGAUCUUCGGGGCACUUCCUGAAGAGGGCGAGUCUGGGACUUGA